UGUCGGGGUAUUACGGAACGCAUCAAACUAUGGAAUUCCCCGGCCACAGUGCUGCAAUUCCGGACCCCGCCAUAUCACCAAUAUAAGACCACUCGUUCGCACGUGCAACGUUACAUAGCUUUUGCUGUAGCUUCUAGACGCUUGUUUUGCACCAAACUUGAGAGCCAAGCCCAUCCGCUACCCUUAAACAAUAAGGUUUCGAUACGAAGGGUAUAAAAACGACCAAAAAAGAGAUUAGGUCAGCCAAAAACUUGAACACAGCAAAGAAAUAGACGCCCCAAAAGCAGCAAAUACAGCAUUUCUUAAGAAGAUGAAGACUCAUGUGCUGAUCGUUCCGUUGUGCAUCGUACUAGCUCUGCUGUUGCUGGAAUCCCACGCGCACUUUGGAAUUUACAGACCAACAGCCAGCCCGCGGAACAAAGCACCCAUCCGGACCAAUACGGAGGCUCUAAUAGACGCGAAAGCCAAGCAAAUGGCGAAAAACUUCAUUCGACGAAUGCAGAGAAAGCUCCACCUGAUCCACGUCAACAUCACUUUGCGAUACUUCUUACAGCGAGGUAUCCCUAUCAAAGCAACAGCAAGUCCGAAGACUGUUCGGGUCAUCACGGACAAUAAGCCCGUUGCCACGAUGAUCCCAAGAGCACGCGGGUAUAACGGCCACCGAGCAUGACGAGAUGUCGUACAGAUGUUGUAUUUAUACAUUUAUUUAUCAGUUAAUGUAUUUAUGUAAUUUCUUAUUUCAUAAAAACUAUUAACACAGUC